CAGGCAGAGUCAAUGCCACAAUUAUAUUGUCUCUAUAGCUGCUCUGUUUAAUUUCAAUUCUUAUUUUUUUGUGGAAAAUUUCCCUAAAUGUGUGGUGGUGACCUACAGUCAGUGAUAUCUGGUUGCAACUAUUUUCAACUACGAAAUGGACCCAUUUCUCACCCAGCAAGGAAAUUAAUAGAAAGACUGAAUAAAUGUAGCACGUCUGAUUCUGCAGGUGAAUUUCUGAUGGUGAUUUUGGGAUGAAAUCCCAGAUCAGAGGGAAAGCACUGAAGUCGCCUGAAAAUGAAACUGAAAGUGAGUUCGGACCAAACUGCAGUAACAGAGCAGGUCACAGGAGGACGGCUGCAGCUGAAAAUGGCAGGAAAAGCUGUAACAACGAGCCACAAACUCCUCGCUCUGAUUUUAGCCGUUUUUAUUGACCUUUCCUUCUUUUACGCAUCAGGAUUUGUAGAAAUCAACCGCGCGUUUGGGAACCUGGUGCGUCUGUGGAUCUUUGCGGCUCUGCGAUGGUCGGCUAUAAGUUUUACUGGUCUUCUGAUACUCGGAGACCUCACACCGGUUCUGAUUCGGUUCAUAACGGUACACAGCCUGCUUCCGGCGGUGUUGGAAACCGGGACCAGGGCGCUUCACCGCGAGGAGAGCCAGUGUAGCCAGGUGGUGGAUGUGCGUUGUUGGAUGGUGUUUGCUGGAGCGUCUCUGGGUGCUGCGCUCUUCUGGGAGAUCACCAUCCCGGACAGCGAUGAGGAGGCUGAGAGUAAAGAGCAGAAACACAAAUCCAGAGUCCUCCUCAUGAGAGUCCUGCGUCUCUACAAGCCAGAUUAUCCUCUGCUGUUUGGAGGUGUUGUCUUCCUGUCACUGGCUGCUCUAUGUGAGAUGUUCAUCCCAUUCUACACAGGCAGAGUCAUCGACAUCCUCGGCAGUCAUUACCAACUAAAUGAAUUCCUUUCUGCGCUCCUCUUCAUGGGACUGUUCUCUAUGGGAAGGUGUGAGAUAACGUUUUAUCCCAACAUUUAUCUUUCAGCGUGCGUUUAUUUAAUCCAACUCACUUCCUCUUAUACCAUCUAUAGCUCUGUGAGUGCCGGCUGCAGAGGGGGGGUCUUACUUUGUGCCAUCAGCUCGUUCACAUGCAGAAUCAAAGUGAAGCUGUUUCAGGCUUUGACCAAACAGGAAAUUGGAUUCUUUGAAACCAUAAAGACUGGUGAAAUCACAUCCAGGCUGUCUAAGGACACGACUCUGAUGGGGAGAACGGUGUGUCUGAAUGUUAACGUGCUGCUGAGGACUUUUAUCAAGACGGUAGGGAUGAUCUCCCUGAUGAUGACCCUCUCAUGGAAGCUCACCUUCCUUGUACUGAUGGAGACUCCUCUCACUGGUCUCAUACAGAACAUCUAUGAUACACACUACCAGAGGUUGUUCCAGGCCAUGCAGGACUCCAUGGCUCGUACAAACGAGGCCGCAAAUGAGGUUGUGUUUGGUAUCCGGGUGGUUCGGAGUUUCAACACAAACAAGCAUGAAGCUGAACGCUAUGAUGAACAAUUAAACGAGACACGUUCCCUCAAGACUCGCCGAGACAUUGUGAGGGCAGUAUACCUGCUCGCACAGAGGUUGACAGGUUUGGGUAUGCAGGUCCUUAUUUUAUACUACGGCCGACUUUUUAUCCAGAAGGGACAGAUGACCACUGGAAGCUUGGUUUCCUUCAUCAUCUACCAGUCAGAUCUAGGCGGCAACAUCAGGACACUUACCUAUAUCUUCGGUGACAUGCUGAACUCAGUGGUGGCUGCUGGGAAAGUUUUUAACUAUCUGGACCGAAAACCUGAGAUCAGCACUGAUGGAGAACUCAAACCGGAUCAGCUGAGAGGACGCAUCAGCUACUGUGGGCUCAGCUUCGCCUAUCCGACAAACCCCAGCAAAACCGUGCUGCAGGACUUUUCCUUGGAGCUGAAGCCAGGUCAGAUGACGGCUCUUGUGGGUCCAUCAGGAGAAGGAAAAAGCACGUGUGUGAGUCUGCUGCAGCGAUUAUACGAGCCUCAGGGUGGAGAAAUCCUGCUGGAUGGACAACCGCUGAAGUCUUACGACCACCACUUCUUCCACAAGAAGAUAGCAGUGGUGAGCCAGGAGCCUGUCCUGUUUUCCGGCUCCAUCAGAGAUAACAUCACCUACGGACUGAAUGACUGCUCGAUGGAGGAGGUUGAGGACGCAGCUGGAAAAGCCGACGCCCAUGAUUUCAUUCAGACACUAGAGAAAGGCUACGACACAGAGGUGGGAGAGGGCGGUGGCCAGUUAUCUAAGAGCGAGAGGCAGCGGAUCGGCAUCGCUCGAGCUCUGGUCCGACAGCCAAAGGUCCUGAUUCUGGAUGAAAUAACGAGUUCUCUGGACACUGAGAGUGAAAAUAAGAUCCAGCAGGCCUUGGCCAGCUGCCUGGACCAGACUCUGCUGGUGAUCGCUCACCGACUGAAGACCAUCGAGAAGGCCAAUCAGAUCGUCGUGGUCGGGGGAGGCAGAGUGAAGGAGCGAGGAACCCACAAGGAGCUGAUGGAGCUGAAGGGGAGCUACUAUAAACUCAGGGAGGAGCUUUUCACUCAGACAGACUCACCCGUCGAGGCUUAAGAGAAGCAUUCUGUGUUUCUGGUUUUUGUUAAUAAAGUUUUGUAUGAAUAAUAAAAGUUUAUUUAUUUUAAGGAUCAAGUUACAUUCCUGUCACUUUCUUCCUGUGUGAUCAUAUUGUUCCAUUUCAAAAAUGUCUGAGUUCACUGAGCAUUCAUUUGUAAUCAGAGGGGUCAAAGGUCAUGGGUGGUGCAUCUCAAAUAAAACAUUAACUAAAAGCU